AAGUGGUAGAAGAAGAAGGACCGUGGUUUUGUUGUGAUUGAGGAAGUAAUAAAGCGCAGACGGCUGAGCAGAACCAGUCUUCUCUCAGCGUCCAUCAGGUCAAAGGUCCUCAACCAGCGAUGGCUCUGAUCUCUCUGGAAGACCUCGAGGGAUUGGACGACGAUCAGCUGGACGAUGACAUCACUGACCACCGAGAACCAAUGGAUGAAGACGAGAGAGACCGCCUGCUGACACACUGGCAGGCGGUGGCCAGUACCCACCAUGUGUCUGUGCCUCCAGAGAUGACUGGACCCAUACAGGAAAUGACCCAUAACAACCAGCAGAGGGAGGCGUUGCCCUUUACACCAGUCUCCUGCCAUGAGAAGAUGGGGGAGGUUUUGUAUGAAGAACGUCUGUAUCCAGCUGGUAACUGGGCCUGUGUGACGAAAGGAGAAGAUCUGUAUGAACAGAGCAUCUCUGUGAGCUUCAUGAAACUGAUGCGCUUCAUCUGUAAAGAAAACUCUGCAGGCAGAUAUCUAGGCAUUACGGUGCCGGUAGUCACGAACGUUCUCAUGAUGGAGGAUGGAAAUGCGUUGAAGAAAGACGUACAGACGGCUUACUUCCUGCCUGCAGAGUUUCAGACCAAUCCCCCCCAACCUUUGGACUCUGAUAUCACCAUUGUGUACAGAGAGCCAAUCGGAGUCAUCGCCAGGACGUUCUUCGGGGUGACAACAGAGGAGACGGUGGCCCGUGAGAUCCGCCUGCUGUGGGAGAUACUGGGUGUCACCGACAACAUCUGUAGAGACAGGUACAUGGUCGCCUCGUACGAGAACCCUGGCGUUCCCAGACGCAGGAACGAGAUCUGGUUCCUCAAACGGAACCUGUAGAUAUGUUCCCAUCAUCCGCUUCUUCUUUGUCACCCACCACACUCUGUUUCAUUUUUUAUGUCAGUGACCAAUCAGAGCAAUUUUAUUUGUCAAAAAGUCCCACCUAUCAAGUCCAAUUACAAGGCCUCUCUGACUAACUGACACCCCAUUGGCUCAUACAUUCAUGUGAUCUUAUGUCAUACCCAUCCCUAAUUUGCUCCGACUUGAACAGAUAACCAAUUUUGAUCAGAUUGAUGUGACUGUAAACCAGUCGAAAUGGAAGGAGCAGUUGAACACUUAAAUAAACUCGCUGAGGUUGUGGUUCAAGUCUAGGUCUUCCUCCUUGUUUAAGUCCUGGUUCAGCUCCAAGUUGAGUUCCUGGUUUCCUGUUCAAGGUCCUGUUUCUGGUUACAGAUCAGGUCCUUCUUCUGCUCCUGGUCCUAUCCAGCUGCUGCAAUGUCUAUUGUUUGCAGCGUCAGUCUAAAGUGACGAAAGAAAGAAGGAAAGUUAAAAUUUUUGCUCGUUUUUAAAGUUGUUGUUAUUUGAGGAUUCAAUAUUAAAUAUUGUGAUUAUAUUCUUCAUUGUGUCGAGCUGAGUGUAAAUAACUUCUGUGAUUUAAUCUUUUCAGAUUUAAUUUUCUCAGUACUUAAUGUGAAACUAUUUUACCAAACAGCGUGCUGUUAUUAGUUGUAUUUACUUCCUGUUACCUGUCACAGUAAAACUAUAAUGUGUGUCUAAAAAAACCUGGAUUGUUUGAUUUGUGAACAAUAUACUGUAUAUAUAGUUCUAAACCUGUAAAUAUGAAACGAUAUCCCAACCUAUGAAGAGAAAAGCUGUAGCUUUAAUUACAAAAUAAACAAUGAUUAUCGAAAAGUC